AUGCAGCUCAUCAUCUUCCUCACUGCCGCCCUGGCCGCCGUUGCCCAGGCCGCCGACGUCUGCGGCGCCUCUGGUUCCAGCUGCGGCGGCACCCUCCGCUGCUGCAACGGCAUCGCGGCCGGUUCAUGCUGCCGCUUUGGCGCUUCCACCUCGGUGCGCUUCACGCUGCCCGCGAACAGCCGUGGCCAAGCCUACACCAACGGCGACUGCACCGGCAAUUCGUUGACCUUUAGCACGGCCAACGCCGGCACCUUCUGCCUCGCCUGGACCGGCCGUGGCUCCGGCCGCUGGCUCGAGGGCCGCUCGCUGGUCAAGGUCCGCAGCGACGGCACCGAGGCCAGCGCCCAGGAGGAGUGCGAGGAGCCCAACGCCUUUUACAACGAGCAGGGCAUGGAGAUCACCGCCCGUGAUGCUGCACUUCUCGACCAGGAGUAA